AUUUACGAUAUGAUACCAUCCAGAUUACAAAAUAUCAAAAAAUCCCUCAUUUCAGUGCCCGCCAGUCGUGCAUUUUCCAUUUUCAGUUUUUUUUUCUCUUCUCUAUCACCAUUCAAUUCCAUCCCUCAGUUUCUCACUAUCUUUUUCUUUCUUUUAAAAAAACAAAAACAAAAACAGGUUUUUUAGCUUGUAAUCUUUUUUUUUUUUGGGGGAAAAGAAAACCCAUUACACCCUAAAUCCUCAUCGUCUUAAAUACUAGAACAACAUUUCAUCUCCGACUCUAUUUUGGCAUUUUCUCCUUUCUCUGUCUCUGGGUCUGCGAAUUGGAAGAACUGGGAAAUCUGGGUUCAAAUGGCUUCCAACAUAGGCAUAAUGGACAGUGCUUACUUUGUUGGACGGAAUGAGAUUUUAACAUGGAUCAACAAUCGUCUUCAGCUCAAUCUCUCUCGCAUUGAAGAGGCUGCAUCUGGUGCUGUGCAAUGUCAAAUGAUGGAUAUGACCUAUCCAGGAGUUGUUCCAAUGCACAAGGUCAAUUUUGAUGCUAAGACAGAAUAUGAUAUGAUCCAAAAUUAUAAGGUUCUGCAGGAAGUAUUCAACAAGUUGAAAAUUGAGAAGCAUCUUGAAGUCAAUAGACUUGUUAAAGGCAGGCCUUUGGACAACUUGGAGUUCUUGCAAUGGCUGAAGCGCUACUGUGAUUCUGUAAAUGGUGGCAUAAUGAAUGAAAACUAUAACCCCGUGGAGCGAAGGUGCAAGGGUGGGAAGGAUCGGUAUCCCAAGGGUUCUCAGAAAUUCUCAAAAUCUUUGCAAACAAACAAUUUACAUAACCCUGGCUCUGGCGAUACAGUUGGUCUCAGUAAAACCUCUGGACCAAAGCAAGGGAAGCCUUAUGCAGCGGCUGGGGGUGCUAAUUCUUCAGGAGAGGUUCAGGCUUUGUCCAAGGAGAUUACAGAUCUCAAGCUCUCCGUGGACCUUUUGGAAAAAGAAAGGGAUUUUUACUUUGCAAAAUUAAGGGAUAUUGAAAUUCUCUGUCAGACGUCUGAAUUGGAGGAACUUCCGAUGGCAGUAGCAAUAAAGAAAAUAUUAUAUGCUGCCGAUGCAAAAGAAUCACCACUUGCUGAAGCCCAGGAGUACCUCUACCAAUCCAUGAAUGCUGAUGAGAAAGAAGCUGAAACCGAAGAAACUGAUCCCUAAAUUUGAUUUUUGGGACCAACAAUGAAGGCUAUUGUUGCGCCUAAACAAGCCCAUGAAUCAGUGAUCUGUCUGUUAAUUGAAGAACUUAUUCCUCCUUGUAUGUGUUGAUCAUAUGACUAUGAAUUGAAAGAAAUGAGAUUUUAUUAAUAAUAGAGCCUCAUUCUUCAAUUGUUCUAGGGCCUCUGGCUUUUGUCUUCUCGAGUGAACUUCUUUGCAUAA